AUGGGGGAGGGCAAAGUCACGAUUAUAAAAGAUAAGGGGAUAUUUGCAGAGCUAUUAACGUUGGUAUCCUUGUUCUUUAUGAUAACUGUACAGUUUGGAGACAUAAAUGGGAAGGUGAUCAAUCAUAUUAUCAAGCUUCUUAUGUUCAUAAAUUUUCUUUAUCAUGUAGGAUCCUGUAUUUGGAGAAUUUUUACCAGUAUCCAGGAGAGAAUGUCAUUUCUAAAUGGGAUGUUUAAUGUCAGAAAUAUAGUAGAGUUAGUGACCAUGUGCAUUCUAACAUUAUAUUUUAAAGAGGUUGUUACCACCUUUGAUCCUGACAAGAGAAGAAUGGACAGAUGCGUGAUUGUUUUAUCUAUGGGGUAUCUUCUAUCGAAGGUUAAUGAGGUAUUGGACUAUUCCACCACACAAAGCUAUUGGUCCAAGAUGAUAUUUUCGACUGUAAUUAUUCUAAUUAUCGGAGUGGCUGCUGUGACAGAUUUCUCUGAUGGGGGUGUGGAGGGGCCUUACUCUGAGAUUGCGUAUGUGGUAGGUGUUAUACUGGCGAUAUGUGAAUUGGCUGUUGAGGGAAGGGUUGUGAAGAAGUCUGUGUUCAAGCAUAGAAGGUUUUCGGUAUUCAUGGCUUUUUUACUCAUAUGUGCCAUAUCCUUUCCUGCUAUGUAUCCCAUCGUGAAUAAAUGGAAGAAUUUGUUUGUUAAGUGGCUUACUGAGCGGAUAGUCAUAUGGAUUAAGCCACGGAUGAUCAAGGUAAAGGAUAAGAUUCUUGCCGUGACAAAGGAACAAAUCAGAGCCUUUAUUUCAGAUUACACAAGGAAGGUAAUGCAAGAGUAUAUUCCUAACCUCAAAAACGCCAUCAAGAACAGGGUUGCACCCUAUAUACCGGAAAAUGUAAAGAGUAUCCCAGGUUCUAUAUACGAAUGGUGGAAAAGGUUGUCUGGUCCACAACAAAAUCAACCUCCCAUAGGUGAAUUCGAUUAG